AUGACACUAAACACAAUGAUUGAUACAAUUAUAACAUCACUAAGACCAUUUUGGAACAAAAUAAUUGAUACUUUCCAUGCUUUAUAUAUUGAAAGAAGUAGUCUUGAAGCAUUAGGAAUUUGGUUAGGAUACCCUAGAGGUCUUGCUGGACCUUAUAUUCGUCAUUCAUUUUAUAAUAUAGUUUAUAGACCUUUUUGGAGAUUGGAUAGAUUAACAUUCCCAAUAAGGUAUUAUUCUGCAAUCAAAUUGAAAUAUUUAUAUGGAUGGAUUGAUAGUACCAAGCCAAUGAUUGAAAUUCCUUUAAUAAAGAAAGAUGAAACUGGGGAUUUUGAAGAUUCAAAGAUCAAUAAUAUUGAUGGAUUUGCAUCAACUCAUAAUGGGAGUUCCAGUGACAUUAUACUUCCCAUGGAAGUUUGGGAGAUCAUUGCACACAUUGGUAAUAUUGAUAACUUAAUCAUGAUGAGCAUCAAUAAAUCAUUUUUUUAUACUUUUGCACCAAAAAUCUAUGACACAUUAAAAUUCACCGUUGUUCUAAGUCCAUUAACCAAGAUGAAACUCACUGAUGAAGCUUUCUUAAAGAAUGGACCUGAUGUUAGCAGAAAUAAUUAUUGUGAUUCAUAUUCAAUUUAUAAAAGACAUCAAGAGGGUCAGAAAUUUGAUUAUGAAUCUUUGGAUACUUCAAUUAUUGAUCAAGAUUAUUUCAAAGGUAUGGAUCCUAAAUUUAGAUCUAAGCAUAGACAUCCUAGAUUUAAGUUCAAAUCUGGGCUUAGAGGUGAAAGAUCUAAUCAACCUUUUGAAGUGAGGAAUUUAAAGAAUAUUCGAUUCAUUUUAAAGAAUAUUUUGCAAAAUCCACAUUCAAUAAUGAAGAUGUUUAUUAAAGAAAUUUUGAUUGAUAUAUGUGUUUUUGAUGGAUUUGAUAAACUUAUGAAUAUGAAGCAAAGUUCAUUAAUAAAUGGCUCUAUAAGUGACCAUGAAUCAUUAGAUGAAUUGAUAGAUCAAAAAACUAAUCAAUUAAAUCAACAUGUCUCAGUUAUGAAACUUAGUUCAAAUGAAUGCAAACAACUUUAUGUUGCACCUUUGGAUGAUAAUUUUGAUAGAGUUAGAUGGAAAGAUCCUCUUGAAGAUAAAGCAAUCAGAUUUAACAAAACUGCCAGAAACAUCAAAACUAAUUCUUCUCGUGAAUCUAUUGAAUCUGAUCUUCGUCACAUUUUCCCACAAAACGUUUAUUUUAAAGAGUUGUUAUGUGUUUAUUUACUUUCUGGUCAAUUUUAUUCACAUAGAUUAAGAAGAAGAUUGAGCAAAUUUGAAAACCCAAAGAAUUUCUUUAAAGCCAAUCCAAUAAACCAUUGGUGCUAUACUCUUGUGGAUAAUUGUUACAAUAGAAUAACGAAAGAAACUGAUUUGGCAAGAUUUUUUAGAAUGAUUGUUACUGGUCAAUCAUGUGUUAAGAUUCAAAAUCGUGAAUUUAAAACUGGACUUCAAGUGUAUGAACUUUUAAAUGAUUUGAUAAAAACUUUAACUAAUGUUAAAACAAAUUCCAGUACAGAUGAUGUAAACUAUGAUAGAUCCUUAAAUCACAUUGAAUCUUCCAUUUUGAUCUUGGGUAUAAACAAUGGAGAACCUCAAGUUUCAAAAGAGUUUACCGAAAAUGCAUCAUUUGAUCUUGCUGAUGAAGUAGAUUUUACUAAUUGUCUAGCUUUGCAUCCUCAAAUGAUUCUUAUAAAUAAAUCAGCGACAAUCACAUGA